AUGACGGACCUUUCAGAGGAUCUUGAAGAGGCAAACUCGGAAGGCAAGCGUCUGAUGGUCAUCAUCGAGCAGCGGGGAUGUAUCUAUUGCAAGAAGAUGCAUGAGGAAGUUUUCGUCGUCCCCGAAAUCAGGAAAUUUAUCGAGGACAACUACUUCGUCAUCCAGAUAAACAUGUUUGGUGAUGUCGAGGUGACCGAUUUUGAUGGCACGACGCUGCCUGAAAAGGAGAUGGUGAAACGCUGGGGGGCACUGUUCACGCCCAGUAUCUAUUUUUUCCCACAAGAGGUGCCGGAAGGGCUCAUGGCGAGCCAGGUUGCAGUUGCCAACAUGCCGGGUGCAUUCGGGCGGUGGACAACCUUCAAUAUGCUGAAUUGGGUUGUCGAGAAAGGUUACAGCAGCGAUGAACCUUUCCAGAAGUAUCAUGUCGACAAGAAUCGUAUCAAGGGAGGGGGCAUGAAACGCGCAAUUGGACUGGCUGCGAUCGCGGCCAUGACAGUAUCUGCGGCACUCGCGGAAACAGUGGCGCCGACAAACGUCACUUUGGCGGACGGAGUUAUCGAAGCGUCGCUGACCGGGCAACCCGGCGACCCCGUCGAAGGCAGAAAGGUCUUUGCGAACCGCAAGCAGGGCAACUGCCUUGCCUGCCAUGUGAACUCGGACCUGUCGGAAGAGAUCUUUCACGGAGAGGUUGGCCCGCCGAUUGAUGGUGUUGCCGAUCGCUGGAGCGCAGGCGAACUGCGUGCGAUCGUGACGAACUCCAAGAUGGUCUUUGAGGGCACGAUCAUGCCGGCGUUCUACAUCGACAGCGGUUACGAGCGUCCUCUCGAAGACUUUGCAGGAAAGAGCAUCUUGUCUGCUCAGCAAGUGGAAGAUGUGGUGGCGUAUCUGAUGACGCUCAAGGAAGAGUAA